UUCAAAAGCCUCAAAUUUUCGAAACCCUAAUUCAACAAAUCAAAAUCCGAAAAACCCUCGAAUUUUAGAAACCCCAAUUGAAUUAUAUCAGCUCAAUUUUGGAACCUUAAUUCAACGUUUCAAUUCAGUUAUUUUUGUUGUUGAUUUGAAUUAUCUCUAUCUUGUUGAUGGGCACGGUUAGGGCUUGCAGAGAGACCUCGAAACCCUCGACAUCGUCACCGCCUCCGGUCACUACCACCUCCACCUCCCGAUCGGAAACCGUUAAUGGCUCGCACGAAUUCAAAAUCGAUGGCUAUUCGCUAGCGAAAGGGAUGGGGAUUGGGAGAUACAUCGCUUCCGACACGUUCAUGGUGGGCGGAUACGCCUGGGCUAUUUAUUUUUACCCGGACGGCAAGAGCGUGGAGGAUAAUGCGCAGUACGUGUCUCUGUUCAUCGCGUUGGCCAGCGAGGGCACGGACGUAAGGGCGCUGUUUGAAUUGUCGCUUUUGGAUCAGAGCGGGAAGGAUCGACAUAAGGUGCAUAGCCAUUUUGGUCGCUUUCUUGAGAGUGGCCCGUACACCCUUAAAUACCGAGGAAGUAUGUGGGGUUAUAAGCGCUUUUUUAAAAGAACUGCUCUGGAGACAUCAGACUACCUCAAAAAUGAUUGCCUUUUGAUUCGAUGUAGUGUUGGUGUCGUUAAGUCAUAUACAGAGGGACCAAAGAUUUACACAAUUGCAGUAAUGCCUUCUAACAUUGGUCAGCAUUUUGGCCAACUCUUAGAAAGUGGAAAGGGAACUGAUGUAAAUUUUGAAGUUGAUGGAGAAAUUUUUUCUGCCCAUAAGUUGGUUCUUGCAGCACGUUCACCUGUCUUUAGGGCACAACUUUUUGGUCCAAUGAAGGAUUGCAACACUCAGCUUAUCAAAAUUGAAGAUAUGGAGGCCCCUGUUUUUAAGGCAUUGCUUCAUUUCACAUACUGGGAUGCAUUGCCAGACAUGCAAGAGCUUGUUGGUAUGAACUCAAAGUGGGCAUCUACAAUGAUGGCUCAACAUCUUCUUGCAGCUGCAGAUCGAUAUGGACUUGAUAGGCUUAGAUUGCUCUGCGAGGAUAAACUCUGUGAGGAUGUUGCGAUAAAUACUGUGGCAACAACUUUAGCCUUGGCUGAGCAACACCACUGUUUCCAACUGAAAGCUGUUUGUCUUAAAUUUGUUGCAUUGCCUGAGAAUCUGAAAGCCGUGAUGCAAACAGAUGGGUUUGACUACUUGAAGCAAAGCUGCCCUUCUGUUCUCACUGAACUACUUGAAUAUGUGGCUAGAAUCGGGGAGCAUUCUGUGAUUGUUUGUGGACAUGGAAAUGAGAACAUCUUAUUAGAUGGCAGUGAUGUGAAUGGAAGGCGAGUGAAGCAAAGAAUAUUUUGAGUUCUCAUGUCAAAAGAAUAAAAAGAAAGGAUCUUGUUAGAAUUUAUACACCCUUUUUUUGGAUUGUACUAACAAUUUAUGUAAGAAAUUGAGGGUUAGUGUAUGCAUGUUGAGUAGGUUGAUCCAACUUUUUGAACACUUGGGUGUCAUAUUUAUGUUCUCUCUUCUGAGUUUCCUGUACAAUCAAAUACUCGUGGCUAGUGGGACAAAAAUGGAUGUAUACUGAUCAGGCAGGCAUUCUUCUGUUUCCAACGGUUUCGUUGGCGUUUAUUGAAAAUCUCUAUUAUGCUCUUGUUUCUAA